AUGAAGCUUGACCUCUCUCUCUCAAACACUUCCACUCACAAUCUGGCGCGAAAUGAUGAGAACAAGCAUAAACUUGAUGAAUCAUUCUCCGAUGAUGAGAUGACCAGCAACAAACGCACAUUGCCGCUGUUGAUUUGGAAUGAUAACCGGAAUAUGGAUUGCGGAUGUGUUGAUGUGGAAGAGGAUGCGGUGGUGGGGUGGCCGCCGGUGAAUUCGCGGAUGCGGAAGGUGCCGGAGCAUCACCGCCGCGAGAGCACCGCCACGAAUUACGUCACGGUGGAUAACGGCGGCGGCGGCGGCGGCGGCGGUGGAGGAGGAGGAGGAGGAUUGAAUUCGAUGUAUGUGAAAGUGGAAAUGGAAGGGAUUGGGAUAGCGAGGAAGAUUAAUUUGGGGAUUUAA